AUGGAAGAGGGUUUUCCACGUAUUAUAAAUGUGAACGUCGGCGGUUACGUGUACACGACAACUAUUGACACCAUUGCUAGAGAUCCUGACUCUAUGCUCGGCGCGAUGUUCAGUGGUAGACAACAAAUAGCCAAGGAUACGCGCGGAAAUUAUUUUAUUGAUCGAGAUGGAGCGAUGUUUCGUCACAUUCUAAACUUCUUGCGAACUUCAGAGCUCUGUCUGCCCCAAUCGUUCGACGAAUUUGACCAGCUUAGUGCGGAAGCUGAUUUUUAUCAAGUCCAGGACCUGAUUGAAGCGCUCCAAAUAUUCCGCGAAGAUCGUAGAAGAAAUUUACAGCUAAGUGAAGGCCAAGGCACGAUAAUCGUUUCCGUGGACCGGUAUCGAAACUAGCUGUUAUUGAGUGGCCGAGAAGAUCUCGUGAAAGAAGUUUUUAAGGAGUAUAUCAAGACUUCGGAAUUCGUGUUGACGUUGCUCCCCGCACGGGGGUAUGUUAGGGAUUAUCGCGUCCCAUGGAAACCCGGGGGUGCUGAAUUGACCAAGGCAGAUGCCUUUGAUCUUUUAUACGGGCAUGGCUUUGUUCUUGAAGGGUGUAAUGGUGGAGGAAGUGAUGCCGAUGAAGCAGGUACUCAAUUCCAAGAGUACAUUUUUGUGCGAAAGAAUAAACUGUAA